GGGCUGUGGCAUCCGUGAGAAGAUAGAAAGCUGGGUGUCGGUGCCCACCUUCACUACUUAGGUGCACGUCCCUCUGGACUGCUGGUCGACCGGCUAGGAAUUCGCUUCAAGAAGUAGUUCUGCAGUGGCUUCAGGUGAACAUGAACAUCCUGCUAAUCCUGGGGCUCCUACAGCUGCUGGCUGUACCUGCCUUCACUCUGACACGGCCGACCCAUGACUAUUGGGGAGAGUUUGGAGCCUAUGGGCCCUGCAGCCGCACCUGUGGCACAGGAGUGGCAAUGAGAACCAGGAAAUGCAUCACUUCAAGGACAGAUGGAGGACACAACUGCAUAGGAUCCUCUAAGUCCUUCCGAACCUGUAAUACACAUGCAUGUCCAGUUGGAUCCAGGGACUUCAGGGAGGAGCAGUGUUCCCAGUUUGACAGACUGGACUUUCAGGGCAAACGUCACACAUGGGUGCCUUACUAUGGAGCAUCCAAUCCAUGUGAGCUCAACUGUGUCCCAAGAGGAGAGAACUUCUUCUAUCGGCACAGACCUGCAGUGGUAGAUGGGACACCAUGCUAUGUGGGCCGCACUGAUAUCUGUGUGGAUGGCGUCUGCAGGAUACUGACACAUGGAGAGUUCUUGGGCUUGGAUGAUGACACCAAUUCUGUCCACUCUGCUGCCCCUGUUGCUGUCGCCGCUCACCCAAGGGAGACGCUCACAUACAUCUACAAAACCGGCGUCUACAGCGAGUGCUCGGCCUCCUGCAAUGGAGGCAUGCAGUACCGCAGCGUGGAGUGUUGGGCUCAGGAUCCGAUGAACCCCCGUGUGGUGGAAGAGUCUUACUGCAUUACCCAGCGUCUGCAGAGGCCACAGAGUCAGCAGGCUUGCAACAUGCAUCCAUGUGCUGCUGAGUACAGUGUCUCAAGUUUCAGUGUGUGUUCAGUGACCUGCGGGGAAGGCCAGCAGACGAGGGAGGUGAUCUGCGUAGGACCACGAGGUGAACAUCUGGCUGACAGUGCCUGUAGCGGACUGGCACGACCUUCCUCUGUCCAGGCCUGCCGCAGGCCCGCAUGUCACACACACAUCACCUGGCAUGUGACUGACUACGGACUGUGCACUAGGAGCUGUGGUGGUGGUGUGAGGGAGAGGAGGGUUAGCUGUUUUGAUACAGAUUUGAACCCCUACCCUGAAGGCCGGUGCGGGCUGGCCAGCAGACCCGUCUCUGUGGAGGCAUGCAAUUCCCAGCCAUGCUCAGGAGCACAAAUGGUCCCAAGUGUGCAGGAUCCAAGGGCACAUGAAAGCACCAUGAGAGGAUUUGUGCCCCAUGUUCCAGGAGACCCCUCAGCCUCCAGGCCACAGACGGGCAUUGCCUAUGAUCCCUACCCUUCUGUGGUUGGCCCUCACUGUGCGCAGUCAGUUUAUGGCUGCUGUCCUGAUGGCCAUACCCCUGCAACAGGACCAAGCAAUGAGGGCUGCUUCCAAGAUGACUGUGUUCGCACUAGAUAUGGCUGUUGCUUGGAUGGGGUGACUCCUGCUCAAGGAUUUGGAAGGGUUGGAUGUCCUGAGUACCACACACCUGUGGAGCGCCCACCACCUGCUGCCGCUCCAUCCACUAGUGAUGUGUGCUCCCUGCCACGUGAUGAGGGCCCCUGUGAUACCUGGAAGGUCCGGUUCUACUACGACUCUGGCGCCAAUAAAUGUACUGAGUUUUGGUAUGGAAGUUGCCAGGGCAAUGCCAAUAACUUUCUGUCCCUGGAGGCAUGUCAGAGAGAGUGUGGGGGUGUGGUGAGGGAGCUCCCACCUCCACAUCGCAGAGGGACCCCGAGGAGAGGGCCACCCAGAGGUGCUCUGAGGGCGAGGGCAUAACCAUGCAUGCCACUAAUACCUCCAGUACACAGGAUCAUCAGGGUGCCCUCUCUAUAAAACUAAUCAGAUAUUUGUACACAUGUGUAGUUUAUAUUUACAUAAAUGAAGACACACACAAACAUGUGUUGUAUAAUUUACCACAUCCUACAUUUCAUUUAAACAUUUGAAUUUACAUUAAGAAUAAUCUAGAUAGCCUCACAUUAUAACUGAUAUACAAUACACAGCUCUUGUCUCUGAUUU